AUGUCAAUGGUUCUCUUAGGAUAAAUCGGCUCAGGUAAAACUACAAUUUAUAAUAAAAUUACAAAUUCAAAAGAAGCAACGCCAGCAGGUGGGGCUUCGGUUACUAGGAGUGUUUUUAUGAAAAAAUCAUGUUACGGGUAAGGGUUUUCCGUAUUAGAUACACCAGGUUUUGGAUCAGAUUCAAAUAAAAUAGAUCAUAUUGCAGGGGUGCUUUCUGCUUUAUCUGAAGGACCAAUUAACAGAAUUGUUAUUCUAGCUAGAUUUGCUAGAACUAAUGUAAUUUUAGAAGAUGUAAAAAGAAUUUUGCCUGCAUUUAUCAAUUAUAGGCAUAUGAUCACAGUAAUUGUUACAUGUUGGGAUUUUUGUAAAAAAAAAGAAGAGCAAGAAUCAAAUAAAAGAGAAAUACAAUAAAGGCUUGCAUAAUAUAAAAUUAAUUCAGUGAUGUUUGUUGGUAAAAAUGACUCUUCUGAGAGUAUCUGUCUUUAAAUUGAUCAAAUUAUUGCUACAUCCCCAGCACAAAAUGUUAGUUUAAUUGAAAAUGAUAUCUUCCAGAAUUUUGAAAUGACAGAUUAUGAUGAUGGAGAGAUUUUUGAAAUUGAGAUUUUUAAAGGUAAAUUAGUAACAUAAUACCACAAUUUUUUUAAUUAAGCAUUAAUACUUAUAGAAAAACACAAUAUUUAAAAAGGAUUAUAAGCAGAUUAUUUCUAUGCAAUAACAUAAUUUGCCAAAUAAAAAGUAGAUGAUGUUAUGAAAUAAUUUGAGAUGGAAAAACUAGGCACCAUUGAUAAAUUAAGCGAAAAUGAACAACUUAAGGUCAUUCAAAUUCAUUUUUAACUUAAAAAUACUAUAUUUAAAGAUUAUGAAUAUCUUGUUGAUGCUGCCCACAAACAAACUCACAAUUCACAUUUCACCAAAUUUAUUAAAAAAUGCCAUCAUUGUGGCGAAAUUUGGUUCAAAGCAGCUGGUUGUGAAGGCGAGACAGUCUGUGGACGCCUCAAUGGGAGUCAUAUAGAUGAUUUCAUCAAAUAGGAAGAUCCUCCUCUAAAAUUUAAAGUUACAUACAUAAAUGAGAAGUUGUAAGUGAAACUUGAUGAGUCUGUGAAACCAAAAGAAAUAGUGUUAAAUGAAAAAAAUAUAAAAAAUUUAAUGACGGACGAGACAAAAAUUAAGCUAGAACAAAUGACAUUGAACGGUGAAACAUUCAAAGUAGGUGGAGCUGGAUGUAAAAGAGUAAUAGAGUGGGAAAAAAUGUUUCCAUUGUCAGAAGAAGAAAUCAAUACUGUUUUAGGUAUUUUAGAUAUUAAAUUGUGUGAGAAAAUGGUUGAAAUUGAGAAAUUAACAUAAUAGAAAACACUAAACUAAUAAAUAUAAUAUAAGGAGGAACUAGAUAAGAAAAUAAAAGAAUAAUAAACAAAAAUCUAAAGAGCAACAUGA